AUGUUCAGUAAUCUUGGAUUGAAUAUUGCAUUUCGUCUAAUUGAGCGUGAGGAUCCAAAAACCAGACUUACUCUAGUGGUAACUUCAAGGACUCUCCCUCGUGUCCGUGAAGUUAUCGACCAGAUCGAAAGUCAUGUCAAAAAGUUGAAACGUCCAGGCAUUGUGGAUUAUGAUUACUUGCUAGUGGACUUUACAGAUAUGGUCAGUGUUUUGAGUGCUUACUAUGAACUGGACAAGAAAUACGAUGCCAUAAAUUACUUCUUCGUUAAUGCGGCCCAGGGUGUUUAUGAUGGUAUUGAUUGGGUCGGUGCAACAAAGCAAGUCUGCUGCAAUAUUAUAGAAUCAGUCACGAAUCCAAAUUAUAGAAUACAAAGAGUUGGCGUCAAAUCCAGGGACGAUCUGGGACUAGUCUUCCAGGCAAACGUCUUCGGACCAUACUACCUGAUUCAUAAAAUUUUACCACUACUGUUAGCUGGUAAAGCUAAAGUCGUUUGGAUCUCUAGUUUGAUGUCUGAUCCAAAAUUCUUAUCCUUGAAUGAUAUCCAAAUGAUCAAAUCUGAUACGACAUAUGAGGGCUCCAAAAGAUUGGUCGAUCUUUUGCAUCUAGCAACCUACAAAGAGUUACGCAAAGACGCAGUUCAUCAGUACCUUGUACAACCUGGUAUUUUCAUUAGUCAUUCCUUCUCCGUUUACUUGAAUCUAUUUACUUAUUACGGAAUGCUAUGGUUAUUCUACAUAGCUAGAUGGAUUGGAUCUCCUUGGCACAAUAUAGAGGGGUACAAGGCAGCUAAUGCGCCUGUUUACGUCGCCAAUAUGGUUGAUCCUGAACGUCAAGAUCUAAAAUAUGGGUCGGCUACCGACAGGAAUGGUCGUGAAUAUAUCAAAACUCAGGAAGUUGAUGGGACUGGUGCCACAGAUGUCUUGAAUUAUAUAAGGAAGCUGACCUUGGAAUGGGAUGAUAAACUAAAAGACCAGAUCACCAACACAAGAAUCCCCAUCUGA